AUGGGUUGUGUUCGCUACACGGAUGGACCAGCUGUGAGCUCAGCUGGAUACCGCUCAAGGACCCCGUCAACGUCACUCACGAAACUUGAGAGCAUCAUGGAUGACAAUGGCGAGGGAACGAAACGACUGGAAGAGAUGCUGGGGUCCGCACGUCCAGUAAAGACGGGCCAUCUAAUUGCUGUCGAUUACGAAAUUGUAUGUGGAGGAGGCGGUGGGUUUAGCAAUGUGAUAAUGGCUGCUUUAAAUACGGAUAAGGCAUUUGUUGUGAAGAAUGCGUCAGCGGCAUCAUUUGUGUUGGUCGUCAAUAAAACAUGCCUGAUUGGCAAUUUUGCUCCUUCACUUCGUGCCCCUCAAAUAGGUGCAGUCAUUGUAAUUGAGUGGAGCUUUUCAUCGAACGAAUGUAUAAAUAGGAUAGAUAUUAUUAACUGGAACCCAUAUAAUGGUUAUAACACAAUGGCUUUACGCUUAGCAAGCGAAACAACGGACCCUUACCCCAAGUUCAUUGGGAGCUUCUACACUUGCGGAUGUAUUCGCUACAAGGAGGUUCCGUUAACAAACCCAGCAAUUUUCAAUGACGUUAUUGGAGUGGUUGAUGACAGUCGCGGCGUUCUAGAGAGGAAAUACAUAGGGAAGUUAUGGGCCACUGUUAUGUAUUCUGACUUUCCAUUUGGAGCGUCGUGGAUUCUGUGUUUUGUAGACAAGUACAUGGGGGAGACUUCUGACUAUGAAAAUAAGUUUCCUUACAAAGGAAUAGUUGGCGCAGUAAACGAAGGCCCAAGAAGGAUUGCUAACUACAUUACUUCGCGGGAUUUCCCUCACGAUGUUCGGUUUUUCACUGGAAGAGACGUAGGAAGGAACGAGGCAGAUAGUUUGCUUGGACGCGAGGUGCUGUUCAACGUUCGUAAAGGAGACCCUGGUUUUGGUCAAAGCUUUUACGUGCUUGGAAAAGUUGAGACUACUGAAAACAGGUCACCUGUCAUCAUUUAUGACAGAUAUUUUGCGUUGAAACUACUGGUGGAACACAUUGGAUGUACUGAUGAACAUGGGAGUAAGAUUGUAUGGAGUGAACAAUGGGAGUUCAUCAGGGACGAGUACGAUCUUUUCGGAAAUCGUGAUUACGGCAUCUACAGGGUUGAAGCUAUUAGGCAAUUCAAGCCUGAUGAGUUUCCGCGAUGGAAGGUUAAAAAGAUACUUAAUGUUGUAAAGAUCUAUAAGAGUGGAAAGAAUGACAUCCUUAAUUCCCAAGCAGCUCUGCAAUACAGAAGAACUCGGAACACUGAAUAUCUGAAAAGGGAAGGUGAAAGGAGUACAUUUAAUGAGAAGAAUAGUGACUCUGGAAUACAGCUGGAAGAGUUAGAUGACAAUUUAACGUCAAGAACAUCAAGUAGAACUAGUGAUCAGAUAUAUCUAGAAAACACUUAUAGUGACAGCAAGUACCGUAGUAGUACUGAUGAAGAAACAGAGAAUGAACUUCGCAUGUAUAUGCACAAAUGUUUGAUCUUUAAUGCGUGUUUAGCGAAUUUCUGGGACUGGCUCAAUUUUAAGUUCCGUUCAUUUCUUCUGCCAUUCUGA